AUCUCUUGCAAUUGUCAGAAAUGCACACAUUCAUUCAUCCUUUACCAUACCUCAGCAAAAGUUAGCUGAUGUUCCUAAGUAAACUACGUAAAUAUUUUUUACGAUGCCGUCUUACUGUGUUAAACCAUACAUUUAUUUCGUCACUAGCAUGGUUCUGUUACUAGAUGCCGGGACCCUAACUAACGGUCAACAACAAUUCCUACGUUUCUGGAACACCUCGGGAUGUCUGGGUGAUCCAUUUCAAAGCUUCACCGAUUCCGGAGUUAAAUCAAUUUCCUUAGGGCGGAUUCAACUAUAUUCAAGAGCUAAUGGAUUAUGGAAGGUGGAAUUAUGUGAGCGUACCGGCUGCCCAACAUCAAUUCGUGCCGGUGUAGAUGAUGGCUGCGCAGAACAUGAUAUGUCUUAUGAUUUUACGUUUUUCCAAGUUACCCGUUUUGGUGAUGCCGAUCAGUCUGAGAGGAAAAUUGUAUUUUUUCAAGAUAUUAAUUUUUCUGGGAGGUCAUGGUCAACUAAUGAAACAGGACUAUAUUUAACGCCAUCUAAACGGGCGUAUUCCUACUAUUUUACAGGACUUAACACAUGGCAAAUCAAAGCUGGUGAAGACGCGGAAGACUGGAUUUGCUUGAAUUACUCCAAAACCGUGGGAAAUAAUGGGUAUGGUAAUACGUACGGGAAAAGUCUUACCACCGCAUCUGCCAUUGAGGUUGGCAAGGUAACGUGGGGAUGUGAUGGAAACGUUGUCACAGAAGUGAUAACUGAUAGCGACUGAGACCACAAGUCUUUGCCAGCUCAAAUAUGUAUGUAUAUAAAUAAUUACAACAUAUUUAAAUUUAUUCGUAUUCAAAAAUAUUAACUUAUUUAUUUAGUACAUAUCAAAAUUGUCCUAUACUUGAAAUAAUUUUAAAAAUUGGUUGAUAUAAAUACAUUCUUCGAUUUAGCUAGAGUUGGAAAUAUUUAUAAACCUAAAAAAAUGGUCAGUCAGCAAACUGUAAAAUUUAUACGUGCUUAUACAUCCUCGUUAUAACUAAUUAACUGCUAAUACUACUGGAAUCCUUAAGAUUAUUUACAAUGUCAAUCAACACUGCAGUUUGUAUCACCUAACAAAUUUGAGACAAAUAAAUGUAAUUCUAAUUGUAAGUCUA